AUGGCGUCCGUGAAUGGUAUCUUAGGUCCCCCAUCGCACAUGGAACCUGCCAACGACUCCAUCACCCUCUCGGCAAAGAGGAAACGCGACGAGAGCGAAGGUGACCACCAGAUAAAUAGCGGUAUCGCCUCGCAGACAUCGCAGACAUCACAACCAACAGGGGCAUCAACCGAAGAGACCCAAUCCCUCAUUCGAGACUUAGUUGACGUCUUAAAAUCACAUGAUACCGUACCCUCCAUCUUGACGCGGCCACUACCUGAUCGCGCAUCCUCAUCUGAGCCUCAAGCUAAACGGCAGAAAGCCGAAGAUGUCUCCGAAACCCAGAAUACAAUCGUGACGCGUGUGGCAUCCAAUACCUACAAGGACCUAGAUGAUGUCCUAGAAGACAUUGAUACCGCGGUAUCUGAUAUCUUGGAGAAGUUGGAACUACCUAAUGGCGCCGCGAGAAACCAAUAUAUUCCUCCUGCAGGUCCGCAGGCCGAAAUUGCUUUGAAGGCCUCUGCAUUCAAACGACGAGCCCACGAACUUGUUAGAAGAGAGAAGGCAUCCUCGGAACAGAAUAACACCUCCAAACCGAGCGUUAUCAACAAUUCCAGCUAUACCUCGAAUAAUAAUGUCGGCGUCAACCCUUAUACACAAAUCAACGCGGGCUUGGGUGACAACAAGAUGGUUCUCACUCUUUAUGGCAACGCUCCAGGACCAAAACAGUUAUUCUCCAGCUUCCAAAUACCGACAGAAGUUGACGGCGAGAAAAAUGCUGUCCAGCCCCUUCGAGAGGCCGGAUUGCCCACAGGAAUUUCCACGACCCAAAUCAUCCCCAUAAAGUCAUCGAGCCUUGUGGAAGGGAGUAAGCGGGUUACACUUGGCGACGUGUUUCCGACUCCUGCAAAUGUCCCGGGGUUGCAGCCACCGAAGCCGUCGAAGAACGCAACUACUAGGUCAUCCACAGUAGGCUGGUAUCAACCAACUGCAGUAGAUGCACUUCCGAAAACCGGAAGCUAUUUCAAGGCGCCAAUUUCUUGCGGUCAAUGGUUAGAUUAUAGCCAGGUGACCUCGCCACAAGAUUCCAAGAAAAGACAUCGAGAUAGGGCUAUGAGCCUUGUAGGCGCGAAAGCUCCGUUGCCUGAUGCAGAGCCUUUGGAGUCUACUGGCGCGAAGCUAGAGGCUCUUUUCCGAAGCGCGUAUUCGAGCUUUGCUCCAACUAAAGAUAAUUCCGCAGCAGUUGCGCCCACUGGCGUGCUGGAUCGCAUAUGGUGGCAGCAGGCUGGUGAGAGAAGCUUCGAGCGACUAGUAGAAAAUACGAACAACUUGGAUACAGCAACAACCCCAGGAUUGGACACAAAGCAUGAAGUUGAGGAUGACGAGGAAAUGAAGGAGUUCGAACAAUUGGUUGAAACUUGGAAUGGAGAUAUAGUCGAUCCCAACCUUGCUCCCGUGGAGGCCAAUGCUGAAAAAUCUGUCGAGGAGAAGGACGUUGAGGAAGUUCUAGAGGGCAUAUCCGAGUUGCUGGAGACCUUGAAUUCGUACCAACGAAUUCGCAAUAUGACCUUGAACCCAGCGACACGCCCUGCAGGGCUCCUUUCUGCUCCAGAUAGCUCAAGCCUUGGGACCCCGUCCAAGCCCAGCGAAGCAGAGCAGGCAACCUAUGAGAUUCUCAAAUCACAGUUGGCGUUGAUGAUCUCGACCUUGCCACCGUAUGCAGUGGCCAAACUAGACCCCGAUCGAUUGGCGGACCUAAGAAUUAGCACUAAGAUUGAGAUCCGAUUAGAUGAUUAUAGAGGCGUUAUGGAAGAGGAUGAGGCAGCAGCAAAGGCAAGAGCAGCCGCUGCAGCGAGUACAACAUCCUCAUCCCGGGCCAUACCGCCAUCAGUUCAUCGGAGCUCAUCGGCAUUGUACGGAAACCAGUAUUCCAGCUCUAGACCUGCACCGACACUUCCUCACCAGUACUAUGGAGCACAGACGCCUGCCAGAGCAUCGCCAAACAUGCAACGGCCGACGCCCACUGCCGCAGUCCCUUAUCCAGCUCAGCGGGCAGCUUCUGCAGCACCUUAUCGACCCAGUGCCUAUGGAACGCCAACCUACGGCCACCAAGCUGCCCGCCCUGUUCCGCAACAGUAUCAGCCUUCGAGUUCAGCACAGUACUUGCAGACUCCUGGUGCGCAAUCCUAUAUGCGGCCCAAUCAAGGUUAUCAAGGUAUACCUCAGGCUACACCACAGGCGUCGAUAAAUGGUCGAUAUGCAUCUCAACCACCAUAUUCUCAGCAGCCCCAAAAUGGUCAUGAUUAUCGGUAUGCCAAUAGCUCCAAUAUUGCGCGUCAGAGUUCGCCGCAGAAACCACUGUAUAGCCCUCAGCCCAGCGCACCUCAGCCUCGACCAUCUUAUUCGACCCCUACGCCCGGCAUAUCUCAAGACCGCCGGCCUUUUCUUCCCACCUCGAUGAUAAACGGGAGUGCUCAGCCAACGAAUCAGGCACAGUAUACGCCGCUUCCAGCAACAUCUCUCACAAAUUACAGCACCUUCAUGACACAAGAACAACAAUCAAGUAUGAUGGAACGUCAGCGGGCACAGCUAGCCGCGCAACAGCAGAGUGCCCAACAACAAGCAAGAAAUGCAGCUCAGGCAGCUCUGGGGUCGCCAUCCAAGACACCAGUGAAUGGCAACAGUGCCGUUGCCGCGGGGUUGUGA